UAGAGAGCAGCAGAGUUGAGCAACAUUCGUGUUGUUUGCGUGAUGGUCGCUCUCUGCGGCCGCCCACAGGGACCUGAGGAGGAGAGGGGGGGGUCUUAUUACUGGACCGGGAGGAGGACAGACCACAUUAACUCUGUCAUCCUUCGACACGGAGAUGGAAGUCUGUUCACGGUGUGUGUGAGAUUUUGCUGGUUAUUUUAACAACUUGUUCCCGACAUGGCUGAAGACGAAUACAAAUGGAUUUAUUAUUGAACUUGAAGCUUACAAGUGACCUCUGUCCCCCGGAGGCCCCAUGAGCUGGCCAUGCAGCGCUCCAACGCCUCCUCCCUCCUCUCCAACCUCAGCCUGGGGGCCUCCCCGACGCCGGACCCCGGACCCCGCUGGCACAAUGGCAGCGAGCCGGUGCCAACGGCGGCGGGGAUGUCCAUGACGCUGGGCAUCCUGUCCAACGUGGUGGCCCUGCUCAUCCUCGCCAAGGCCUACAACCGCUUCCGGCGCCGCUCCAAGGCUACCUUCCUGCUGCUGGCCAGCACACUGGUGGCCACCGACCUGGUGGGCCACGUCAUCCCGGGGGCGCUGGUGCUGCGGCUCUACCUGACGCCCUACCUGACUGGGCCCCGCCUUGGUCCGGAUGGCACCCCGGAGCCCCCCGACGCGGCCUGCCUGUUGCUGGGCGGCAGCAUGGUGUUCUUCGGCCUGUGCCCGCUGUUCCUGGGCAGCGCCAUGGCGGCCGAGCGCUGCCUGGGCGUCACGCGGCCGCUGCUCCACGCGCGGCUGGUCACCACCGCCCGCACCCAGCUGGGCGUGGCCCUCAUCUGGCUCGGGGCACUGGGCGUGGCCCUGCUGCCCGCGCUGCGCCUGGGGGCCUACAGCCCGCAGUUCCCCGGGACCUGGUGCUUCAUCCAUGUGCUGGGGGCUGUGGGGGGCUCCGACGUGGCCCUGGUGGGGCUGUUCUCCGGCCUGGGGCUGGCCUCACUCUCCGUCUCGCUGCUGUGCAACACGGUGAGCGGCGUGACGCUGGUCAGGGCCCGCCUCCGCCAGCGGAGCUGCUCUCAGCGCCGCUCCGCCAAGUCACAUGACAUCGAGAUGGUGGUGCAGCUGCUGGGCAUCAUGGUGACGUCCUGCAUCUGCUGGAGCCCCCUGCUGGUGUUCGGCCUGAUGUCAGUGAGCCGGUCGUGGCGGGGGGCCCUGCGCGCCGACAUCACGUACUACAGUGAGCUGAUGAGGGUGGGCGUCCGGUUGGCCACCUGGAACCAGAUCCUGGACCCAUGGGUCUACAUCCUGCUGCGGCGCGCCAUCCUGCGGCGCAUCUACCGCCUCACCAAGCGCCACGCCAGCUUCAGGGGCGGGGCCUUCCGCUCCUCGCGCUGGGAGGCCAGCUCCUUCGUCAGCUCCGAGAAGAGCACAGCCAAUAGGAUGUGAGGUGGGGGCGGGACCACGGCUCCUUCGUCAGCUCCGAGAAGAACAGGGCCAAUAGAAUCUGACCGGGGGAGGGACCCCAGAUCCAUCGUCAGCUCCGAGAAGAGCAAGGCCAAUAAGAUCUGAGGGGGGGCGGGACCACAGCUCCAUCGUCAGCUCGGAGAAGAACAGAGCCAAUAGGAUCUGACCAGGGGGGGCGGGACCACAGCUCUGAAGCGGGGCGGGACCAGGGGGCUGGGGGCUGGAGAUUGGACGCAGCAUUCGUCACUUUAAACCAAACUGACUUUGGAACUUAGUUGAUUAGAGAAGUGGCAGCUUAUUCACAGUGUUGAACCAAAGGCACCGACCAGUGGUGUGGAUGUUUUAGCGCUGAGUUCGUCCAGGGUCUGAUGUUGGAGAACGAGGGGUGAUAAGAGUGAACUGUCGUAGGAACGCGAGUAGUCGGGAGAUGGCUGUGGGUUAGAAGUAGGGCCCGACUGAUAUUGAUUUUUGAGUGCCGAUGCCGAUUAUUUUCAGAGAAAAAUUACGAUUACGAUUUAAUCGGCCGAUUAAAAACAAAACAAAUACAUUUACAGUCAAAAAUUAGUGUAAUGUAAAAUGUAAAAUAAAUAACUAACUCCCAAUGUGCUGCGCUUGUGAGCAGUGACUAACACGUGCGUGCUGAGCAGUAUGGUCUCACCGUUAGAGUCUACAGUAUAACAAAUUAACAUGGCCUGGGACCUAAAGAAAAACAGGCACUCAAACAACGCAUCUUGUGUACAUUGGUGAGGUGAGCGCGCAGCUGCCUGACCGAGCGUGCUUUCAUGUUGUACGGUAAAAUACUUUUUUUUACUUUUUUACUCCAGCUAAAGUUGUUAGUUAGCAAGGCGCGUAGGAGCGCAAUCCGCAGGAUACUAAGGCGCAAUAACAUUUCUAAAAAAUAAAUUAAAAAAAUCGCUUGUAAUCGGCGUCUUUUUGGCAGAUGUUGAUUAUUUUCAAAAAGGCUAUAAUCGGCCGAUUAAAUCGGCAGGCCGAUGAAUCGGUCGGGCCCUAGUUAGAAGGUUAUUUUUGACAGACUCAAACCAUCCAACAUCGGAUUUCGGAAAAAUAUGCAACAAAGCAAAAAAAAGAAGAUUCUAUUGAUUGAAAAAAGCUAAUCCAAUGGCAUGAUGGGAGGUUUUCCAGGGAAUAGGCAGAUCUCAGUGUCCCGUCCAGUCUUAAAGCUAAUGUCUGGAGCUCAGUGCUUCGGAAGGAGAGGAGGUAUAUGAUAAGGGCUCUACUGGCCCUGCUCACCUGUAAAUAACCACACAGAGUGUACAGAGCUUACUGUGACAGUGUUGUGUGGGACUGGUCUACAGUGAUGUAUAUGUGAAGUGGAGGCACCAAACCGUGUAUUUCGUGGUAUUUAUUUUGAGUACCCAGUUGUAUGGGUACUCAUAAGAUGCUGUAGCUGUUGAAUGUAAUAUACUGAAUUAAAAUAUAUAUUAUGUUUCU